CUUGCCAAUUUCUUUGAGCCUAUCCCACCACGAAGCCAUGAAGCACCCCUCCUCCUUGAGACCAUCUCGUUCCACCAUCACCGUCAUCCUCCUCCCUCUAGCCCUGCUAGCUUCCAUCUACCUCUUCCUCUAUCCUCGAGAGUUCGAGCUCCAAUCCCUCGUGUCCACCUGCGGUCGCUCCACCGUCGCCAAUUUCGCCGAUCCCGUCGCCGUGAAGCCCGACUUCCGCCUCCUCAUGGGCGUCCUCACUCGCGCCGACCUCUACGAGCGCCGCCACCUCCUCCGCCUCGUCUACUCCCUCCAGACCAACCUCAGCGCCCAUAUCGACAUCCGCUUCGUCUUCUGCAACCUCACCAAGGAGGACCAACGAGUCCUCAUCGCCCUCGAGAUCAUGCGCUACGACGACAUCAUCAUCCUCAACUGCACCGAGAACAUGAACAGCGGCAAGACCUACACCUACUUCUCCAGUCUCCCGAACCUAUUCAACGGGACCAACGGCGACGACCGGCCUUACGACUACGUCCUCAAGGCCGACGACGAUAUCUACUUCAGACUCCCAAGUUUAAUCGAGUCACUGAAGAAGAUGCCCAGAGAGGACAUGUACUAUGGAUUUGUGAUCCCUUGUGGCAGCAUGGAUCCAUUCCACGACUACAUGUCGGGGAUGGGGUACAUACUGUCUUGGGACUUGGUGGACUGGAUCUCGACGUCUGAGAUGGUGAGGAACGAGUCGGUCGGUGUUGAGGACUUGUUGACCGGGAAGUGGCUGAGGGAUGGAAAACGAGGGAAGAAUAGGUUCAACACCAAGCCGGCCAUGUACGACUAUCCCAUACCGGUGCCCAUCGACACUUGCUCGCAUGCGUUUGUGCCGGAUACCAUCGCGGUGCACCGGCUGAAGGAUAACUUGAAGUGGGCGAGAACCCUCAAGUACUUCAAUGUCACCGAUGGGUUGAAGCCUUCUAGGUUCUACCAUAUUGAUUAAAUGUUCUUGCUUUUGGACACAAUUUUUUUCGUGUUGAUCGCCACUCCUCUUGUAAUAUCUAUCUUGAUUCUUUUCCUUAUUGAUAUGUUAGGAUGGUGGAGAGUCAGAAAUCCGGCGAAUCAUUUGAAAAUAUAGCGUUCCAUGGUUUCUUUUCA